UUCAUUUUUAAUUUAAAAAAUCCUUUAAACAAACGCCUAGGUUUCGUAACAGCUGAAGAGUUAAAGGAUUCCUUUGAACAUUUAUGUGCCAUGGCUCAAAGACAAACUUUUCCAUUAGAAUACAAAUUGCUAAAGCAACACAAGAAACUAAACACUAAAUCUAAAAUUUUGUCACUUUCUCCAUUCAUAGACUCGCGAAAUAUAAUUAGAGUUGGAGGUAGGAUUCAGGCAUCAAACUGUCCCUUUGAGAAAAAGCAUCCCAUACUGCUUGACGCUGCCCAUCAUUUAACGAAAUUAAUUUUCGAGCGCGAGCACCUUCGACUCAUGCAUGCCGGUCCGCAAUUACUAUUAGCUUCGGUAAGAGAUACAGUGUGGCCUAUAAAUGGGCGACGUCUCGCUCGCCAAACAGUGCAUAACUGUGGAACAUGCAGAAGGUUUAGUGGUAAAACAUUCAUACCAAAAAUGGGAAAUUUACCGGCACAACGUAUUACGCCUGACUUCCCUUUUAUAUCGGUUGGCCUAGAUUUUGCGGGUCCGUUCCUAAUCCUUAACCGAAAGGGAAGUGGAUCGAGACUAAUUAAAUGUUAUUUAUGCAUUUUUAUUUGCAUGCGAUAUAAAUGCAUUCAUUUAGAAGCAGUGAGCGGCUUAUCGAAAAAUGAUUUUAUUCUGACACUGCGCCGGUUCAUAUCGCGUCGCGGUAAGCCGGCGGAAAUAUUCUCCGACAACGGUCGAAAUUUCGUGGGGGCAGCUAACGAACUAGGUACAUACUUAAGAACUAACAAUGCCUCUCUUUCUGACUUUGCUGCUCAAGAAGGAAUCAAAUUUCAUUUCAUUCCCGCUUACUCUCCUCACUUCGGUGGUCUUUGGGAAUCGGGUAUAAAAUCCGCUAAACACCACAUCAAGCGUGUGAUAGGCGAUAGCCAUCUAACCUUUGAGGAACUACAAACUUUAUUUGCACAAGUGGAGGCAAUACUUAACAGCCGUCCCUUGGGUCCUUUAUCCUCCAGUCCUGACGACCUUUUACCUUUGUCCCCAGGACACUUCCUCAUUGGACGACCACUAACAUCGUUUCCAUCGCCUGAUGUUCAAAAUUUGAACUCAAACAAGCUGCAACGCUAUCAACGUCUUGAACAAAUGCGACAACAUUUCUGGACAAGGUGGCAAAGAGAGUAUAUCUCCGAAUUACAACAACGGCAAAGAUGGACCCAAGAAACUGCAAAUGUCAAAAUUGGUGAUCUUGUUUUAAUAAAAGAAGAUAACACGCCACCAUUAUGCUGGCGCCUUGGAAGGGUUUCGCAGACAUUCCCAGGACCUGAUGGCAUAACCAGAGUGGCGGAAAUUCGUACUGCGACGGGGAGCAUACGGCGGUCACUCAUUCGUCUAUGUCCUUUAUUCAAUGGCCAAGAAACCUAGGAGUGUUGAAAGAAGACUCUUUCAACGGGGGGGAGUAUGUCGCGGCGCCUGACGCGUUCGCCACAGCAAGCUAGCCAAAACAUUUACUACUACCGGCACCACGCGCUGACAGCAUUCAACAACAGUCUGAAGAUACCUCCCAAUAAUGAGUAUUGACAAGACCUUCCUUUUGUCGAGAAAGGUCACAUUCCAAGAUUC